AUGACAGCUUAUUACAGCUACCACCAACCCUUUGGGGCUCUAGCCUGGCAGUUUAUCACGUUCAUCUUCGGUACAACAGCGAUGGUAGCACGGUACCAGUAUGACUAUCGCGGACAGGCCCUCUGGUUUCUGUUCUUGACGUCUUCCAACCUCACUUUGCUUUUGGACCCGGCUCUCUGCGCUCUCCGGGCCACCAUGAAGCUCCCUGACGGCUCUGAAGUGAGAGUAAACAAGCCUCUCAUUGCCUUUAAAAUUUGUGAGAAGCAAACUACUGUCUUUCCGGGCGCCCUUGGUGAGGGUCUUCCCAAAGAAUGGCACUUUGACAAGGCGUACCUGAGGAUUUAA